AUGACCAUCCAGUUUAUUCCUGGUGACCCUAAUAGGUCAACUGAGUGUCUAAGCCAGGCUCAUUGGCGCAACCACCAUAUAAUUGCAUACGGGUCCGGAAACAAUGUUAUACUACUGACAAGGACCGAUGGUAACAAGAGCAUACAAACUAUAUAUCUUGAGAAGGAUCCAGUCUCAAUUGAUAUAAAUCCAAAAGACGGCCUUAUAUGUGCUUCUUCAGGAAGCGAUAUCAUUGUCCUCAAGCCUGUUAAUGAGUACAUGUCAGUGCCCAAGUGGUCAGAGGUUCUUCGUAUUGAUAACGACAGCUCUGAAGUGCUAUGUCUUCGAUGGGCGACUGAUGAGAAUGAGCUUGCAGUGGGUUCAAAAGACUACUUGUCUUUGUAUCAUAUCUAUGACGAGUUUGGUGAGAUCAAGUAUGCCCGAAGGUGGCAUCUGAGCCAAGCUAGCCCAAUUGAGCAUCUAGACAUUACAGCAGCGGCUGACAAAAUUGUCACCUAUAAUUCUUCUUCGUUCAACAGCUUUGCUAAGGUAUGGCUUCGUAUAAAUUAUGGUGACUCCAACACACUUUUCGACCUAGAAUAUUUGAACCAUGAUCCCGAUGUAUGGCUCACAGAUAUCAAAUGGCGCUCGCUGACCGGCGAAGUAGACGAAGAUAUACACAACAUGGCCCACAUCAAGAAUUUGCGGAGCUACAUUAGAAAUGAUGAUGCUAAUGAUGUGCUAUACAUUACUACUAGUGACCACAUGCUACAUGUUUGGGCCACUUUCGAUUUUAGCGGUCAUUCGCAUAUCAAAAAGUGGGCACUGAUUAAUUUAGCAGAUCAUUUGCUGUCGAAAUAUGUGAGUUCGUUAAUUAUAGAUAAUGCUGCAUUGCAAUCGACCCUCAUUCCUUCACUUUCCGAGCUUCAAACAACGACCGAAGUCUCGGACGCUUUCAAUAAAGCCGAACUUAUAUCUUCUGACCUACUUCUCAUCUUGGGCAGUGAAGGAGAACUUGUGAUCUCUGCUAUAUCCAAGGUCAAUGAAAACCCACCUAAUUCUAUCUUUCUUCAAGAUAUCAUCACAACAGAAUGCAACAAGCAUUGCAUUCCCAAUUACUCCGUGGGUGAAGCCCUCCAUGCAGCUGAAGAGCAGGACGCCUCCCUGGAGGAAUUCCAAGUUGCAUCGAACCCAAUUAUAGGAAGUCAUGUAAUUCACGGCAAAGGCAUCUUCCAGUUUCUUGUCCAUGACAGGAUCAAAAACACUAUCAGGUACAAUGAAAUCAGUAUCAAAAAGCUUCUUCAGAAUUCUGGUUCACCUGCUGCCCUCAAGAGUAAAUACCAGGGCCACGCAAAAUCGAUCCAAAAGCUAGUGACUUCAACCUCGUCCUAUGAAGGCAAUAUUAUGUUAUCUGUGCUGAAUUUCCCAGAACACAAUUAUAUUUGGGAACCACUAUUACUCGAGCCGGAAAACCAGAAGUUCAUGUCUAUUACCAAGAGGUUCCGCCUUAAUGUCACUAGAGACGAUGGCGCUGAAGCAGAACAAGGUAUAUUCGAUGCAAUCCUUAUCAAUGACAUUGAAACUUCAGAUGGCCCCUUCAGGCAUCACCUUGCGUUUGUUAUAGAGAAAGGCGGCUAUGCCAGUCUUUGGGACUGCAACGGUGUCACGAUGGAUGACAAGGAUGCUGUACUUUUGAAACGUCAAGAUAUCUUUGAUAUUAACAACGACAGGAUACGGCAUGCUCCAUUUGCAAUAUCAUUACAUGAAAUUCGUGAUGGAGUAUAUGGCAUAAUUGCCAUUUUCAAUUACGAUUUAAUCAAAGCAUGGAUCAUUAAGAUCGCCAACAAGGAUAUAUCGAUUGAGCAAGUGAGUGCUGAGGUACUUCCAGGAACAUACGAGGGCGUUUUUAGGGUAUCCGCGGUCGAUACCUAUCUCGAGAAGGACAUUUCUGCUAUAGAUGAUAGAGGAGUCUUUAGGUCUUUAUCUCCUACUUUUGACGAGGAUUCAAAAACCUUCAACUGGACACAAAAUAUUCGAAUCCAUACCAGGAUCCGCAAUGCAAGUCAAAUACACGGUGCCUCGCUUAUUAAUAAGUUGGCACUCGUCGACGAGACUGGUCUCGAAUUAUCCAUAUGGGAUACUCAAUCAGGAUUACUCGAAUACAAAGAGCUAUACCCGGAAGAAUUUGGAAAAGUUAGGGACUUGGACUGGACUUUUACGGGCGCACAUCAUGAAUCGAGUAACGCGAUUCUAUCUGUUGGCUUUACGAGGUUUGUGCUACUUUAUACCCAGUUGAGAUACGACUACACCAACAGAAUCCCAACCUUUGCCGUCUUAAAGAAAAUAGACAUUUCUGAGUUUACUUCACAUGAGAUAGCUGAUCUGAUUUGGAUUGAUGAUGGCUACCUAGCUAUAGCCUGUGGUAACCAGUUCUUCAUUGAUGACAAAUGGGUGGAUCUUACAGAAAACGGUAACUCCCAUUCUAGGAAAUCAAUCAACCAAACCAUCAGGCAACUAAUGAUUGGGUACAAUGCCAAACCGUCAAGCUAUUUGAUUUCCGAUUUGGUAAUGAUCCUCAACGGCCCGUUGCCCCUCUAUCACCCGCAAUUUUUGAUCCAGGCCCUCUUUAACAACGAGGUUAAACUAGUGGAAGAGAUUUUAGUGAAGCUUCUUCAAGUUUUGAGAGAUGACGAGCCGGUGACUUGGAAUCUUGAUUUCAAUUUCUUAGAAGCCGUUAUCCCAGAAAAGAAACCAAAAAUAAAGCGCCGUUUGUCACAAAUUGACAAUGUUUAUGAUGGAAAUGUUGAGAUGUUUGGUGUAUUCAAUAAUGUUGUGCUGGAUCUUUUGGUAGAAAAACUCACAAAGGUUUCUCUACCCUUACUCACCAGACAUCAGCAAGUUACACUUACAACUGUUGUCAAUAUUGUGUACGAACUAUCUCACUACAAGCAUUCAAUGGAUGAAAAUGGAUUGAAGUUCUUCCUCGGAUUUAAGCUUUUCCAAUCCUCUCUGAAGCAGUCAGGACUCACUAUGCGGGACAUCAGUUGGGCGCUUCAUAGUGAUCAAAAAGAGAUGCUCUAUACUGACAUCGAUGGCCAGUACCAACACAGAAUGACAUGGGAGAAUAUCAAGCAGACGGGAUUAGUUUAUUGGGUCGACACAAAUAGAUUAACUUCUAUCGUCGAAAAUGUCGCAAGAAACGAAUUUGGUGAUACCAGAGACCCAUCAGGUCGUGUGUCUGUCUUGUAUUUGGCAAUUAAGAAGAAGCAAGUGCUUGUUGGAUUGUGGAGAACAAUUUCUCACCCAGAAAAAGAAAAGGUUCUCAAAUUCAUGAACAACGAUUUCACCGAACAACGUUGGAAAAGUGCUGCUCUGAAAAAUGCGUUUGUUCUACUCGGAAGGCAUAGGUUCAUGGAUGCCGCCUAUUUCUUCCUCCUCGCAGGUCUCGUGAAGGACUGUUGUGUGACUUUAUGUAACAAGCUUGACGAAGUGGAACUAGCUCUUGCAGUUUCCAAAGUUAACCAUGCUUCAGAUGUCACAAAGCAUAUAAUUGAGAACUUUAUCCUUCCACGUGCUUUGUUAAAGGGAGAUAGGUGGAUGACAAGUUGGGUGUUCUGGCAGCUCAAGCUAAAGGAGAUUUCAAUUCAAGCAUUGAUCAAGUCACCUACUUCAGUCGUUAAGGAAAAUAAGGAUAGUUUUUCAGAGGAGUUUCAAAAGGAUUUUGGAAAGAUGAAACUUGAAGCUCAAAGUCACAGUUUCCUUAGAGACGAUCCUCUACUUGCUGUUUUGUUCCAUAAGUUGAGAGCAUCUAAGCUGAAUUAUUUGCGAGGGUCUAAAGCAGUAACAGCUGAGGAGGAGUUUAAUUUUGUCAUCAAGGUUUGUACUAUCUACUCCAGGAUGGGGUGUGACUACUUGGGAUUACUUUUAGUGAGAAACUGGAAGUUCUUGAGCACUUUACACCAGUCACAGAAGGCCUCUGAGGAGCAAAAGAGCAAGGACUUGUUCCUGGAGUUCACCGGACCAACUAGUGAGUCCAAGGUCGCCAAUGACUCAGCUGCGUUCCAAGAACCUGAUAUGAGCGCAUUCAGUUUCGGAUUCUGA